GACGUGGACAUGGACACGCAGGAGAUGCAGGAAGCAUCACAGGCGCAGACGCACCAAAGCUCGGAUAUCGGAGAUGUCAACCAAGAUGGAAAGGCCGUAAGCUUCGACGACGGUCAGAUUGAGGAGCCCGAAGAGGUGGCAAGCAAGCAGGGCAGAGGUGUGGCCCGAAAGGGCACGGGGUUCCUGCAUGCAGAAGAUGUGCAAAACCUCGUCGGGGAGGAGGACGAAGAAGAAGAGGCCGGCAGCGAAGAACGACGACCUGUGUCUUUUGCCAUACCUGACAAGUGCCAUGAAGAUCUUGGCUUUGAGGCUGGAGAAAGGGAAAGUGAAAGUGGGCCAGUGGUUCGCAGGGGCACGGGCUUCGUGAGUGCGGCCGACCUACCCUCGGACGAGGAGGAGGAGCCUGACUCCAAAAGGCAUGUGGCCUUCGAUCCCUCAUCGCAGGCUGGCACAGAUGCUGGGCCAGCAGUGCGGCGCGGCACUGGUUUCGUCGGCGUAGCAGAGUUGCCUUCGGAUGAUGAGGAGGACGACGAGCCUGCAGGACAUCGUGUGGCCUUUGACCCCGGCACACAG